ACGGCAGAAUGGCUCCAAAGGUAACCUCAGAGCUGCUUCGGCAGCUGAGACAAGCCAUGAGGAACACGGAGUAUGUGACAGAGCCGAUCCAGGCCUACAUCAUCCCAUCAGGAGACGCCCACCAGAGUGAGUACAUUGCUCCGUGUGACUGUCGGCGGGCCUUCGUCUCUGGAUUUGAUGGCUCUGCGGGCACAGCCAUCAUUACGGAAGAGCAUGCGGCCAUGUGGACCGACGGACGUUACUUUCUCCAGGCUGCCAAGCAGAUGGACAGCAACUGGACGCUCAUGAAGAUGGGUCUGAAGGACACACCCACUCAGGAAGACUGGCUGGUGAGUGUACUUCCUGAAGGAUCCAGGGUUGGUGUGGACCCACUGAUCAUUCCUACUGAUUACUGGAAGAAGAUGGCCAAGGUUCUGAGAAGUGCAGGCCACCACCUCAUUCCUGUCAAAGAGAACCUUGUGGACAAAAUCUGGACAGACCGUCCUGAGCGCCCAUGCAAGCCCCUCCUCACCCUGGGCCUCGAUUACACAGGCAUCUCCUGGAAGGACAAGGUUGCAGACCUUCGGUUGAAAAUGGCCGAGAGGAACGUCGUGUGGUUUGUGGUCACUGCCCUGGAUGAGAUUGCGUGGCUGUUCAAUCUCCGAGGAUCAGAUGUGGAGCACAAUCCGGUGUUUUUCUCCUAUGCAAUCAUAGGAUUGGAGACGAUCAUGCUCUUCAUUGAUGGUGACCGCAUAGAUGCCCCCAGUGUGAAGGAGCAUCUGCUUUUUGACAUGGGCCUAGAAGCCGAAUACAGAAUCCAGGUGCUUCCCUACAAGUCCAUCCUGGGCGAGCUCAAGGCUCUGUGUGCCAAUCUCUCCCCAAGGGAGAAGGUGUGGGUCAGCGACAAGGCCAGCUACGCCGUAAGCGAGACCAUCCCCAAGGAUCAUCGAUGCUGUAUGCCUUACACCCCCAUCUGCAUCGCCAAAGCUGUGAAGAAUUCUGCCGAAUCAGAAGGCAUGCGGCGAGCUCACAUUAAAGAUGCUGUUGCCCUCUGUGAACUCUUUAACUGGCUGGAGAAAGAGGUGCCCAAAGGUGGUGUGUCGGAGAUCUCAGCUGCCGACAAGGCUGAGGAAUUUCGCAGACAACAGGCUGACUUUGUGGACCUGAGCUUCCCAACGAUUUCCAGUACGGGACCCAAUGGCGCCAUCAUUCACUACGCGCCAGUCCCUGAGACGAAUAGGACCUUGUCGCUAGAUGAGGUGUACCUGAUUGACUCGGGAGCUCAAUACAAGGAUGGAACCACAGAUGUGACACGGACCAUGCAUUUUGGGACCCCUACAGCCUAUGAGAAGGAAUGCUUCACAUAUGUCCUCAAGGGCCACAUAGCUGUGAGCGCAGCCGUUUUUCCAACUGGAACCAAAGGACACCUUCUUGACUCAUUUGCCCGCUCAGCUUUAUGGGAUUCUGGCCUGGAUUACUUGCACGGAACGGGACAUGGUGUUGGGUCUUUCCUGAAUGUUCAUGAGGGUCCUUGUGGCAUCAGUUAUAAAACGUUCUCUGAUGAGCCGUUGGAAGCAGGCAUGAUCGUCACCGACGAGCCAGGGUAUUAUGAAGAUGGGGCUUUUGGAAUUCGCAUUGAAAAUGUUGUCCUAGUGGUCCCUGUGAAGACCAAGUACAACUUCAAUAACCGGGGAAGCCUGACCUUUGAACCUUUAACUUUGGUUCCGAUACAGACCAAAAUGAUAGAUGUGGAUUCUCUUACAGACAAAGAGUGCGACUGGCUCAACAACUACCACCUGACCUGCAGGGAUGUGAUUGGGAAGGAAUUGCAGAAACAGGGCCGCCAGGAAGCCCUCGAGUGGCUCAUCAGAGAGACGCAACCCAUCUCCAAACAGCGUUAA